AUGAAAGCAAAAACUUUAGUUAUGAAAAUAAUAGAAGCUAUUGAAACAGCUUCACCAACUGUAAUAACUUUCAAUGUUAGAGAUGAUAUAGAUUUAGAAAGAAUUGACGCAAACUCAAAAGAAGGUGGAUUUUUACCUUUCCUUUUACCUUUAAUAUUUGGUGGUAUUGCAGCGGCGGGUGCAGCAACUGGUGGAAUAUCUGCCGCAGUCAAAUCUGCAAACGCAAAGAAAGCAGCUGAUGCUAAAGCCGCUGAAGAACGCAGACAUAAUUUAAUAAUGGAAAAGGAAGCACAAGGUUCAGGAGUGGGAGAAAUGAUAGGCACAAUAAAAGAAUUUGGAAAAAGAUUUGGGGAAGAACCAAGAAAACUGUUAAACAAGGAUUAA